GAUUUAAGCUUUCACCGGAUCAUGUCAUUGAGCGAUCUUUAUCGGCCGCGUCAAUCCUCUCUGAGUAGUUCGGGCAGUACCGUAUCCGCUGUUGUUGCACCUAGCAUUGUUGUAACGAAACCGAAGCAACGCGUUCGCUAUGAAAAUGAAAUGCCAGGAUAUGUGCAAAACAAAAACCAAUCGUCCAACAACUCCGAUUAUUUUUACAAGACAAUCGACACGAAGCCGAGGUCAGCUUCCAUACCGAGACUCCAAUUCACCCCACCAGACAGUACCCCUGAUACAACUGCGGGCAUAGACUGUCUUACGCCAUCUUACAAACAAUCGGUGCAUGCGAAACGCAUUGCGCGUACACCCUGCGAUCAGUGCGGCUACCAUAACGUGCCCAUCAUGGCACAUCCCAUCUCGCCGCUAGUGCGUUCGCAAACAAAUCUGGAGUUGGUUAGCACGGGCAAUGCGCGACAAGUUUUGCUGCCCACAAUUACGCAAUCGAGCAAUGGCAGUAGUGAGAAAAAUGAAAAGAACGAGAAACCCUACAAUGGCACAACAAUGUUGAGUAGUAACAGCACGAGCGUGCAAACCUUGCAAGUGUCACGUCGACCAUCUUUACUGCUGCAGGAUAUAUUGGCGCGUCGGCCAUCGGCGCUGUUUCGCGGCAAGAAGGAUGUCAACGGAUCGAAGAGUCCUUUUGGUCGGUCACUUGCGGAUACCGCCGCCUGUUCUAUGGUCACCAUCAACACUCAUGGCGAUGGAGAGGAUCGUCACUUUGCUGCGAAGCAGUCGAAAGAGAAAAAUCGUCGCAGGGGAAAUGAUAAUUUGAGCUCGGCACUCUCGGCUUUUUAUUGCAAAAUUCUAGUCUUGAUGGGUGUCUGCUUGCCCAUCACAGAAGUGAUCUCACAUCAAAUACCCACCUUUGUUUACCAAGGAUUCUAUGUUUACCUGUAUGCGGGAAGCAUACUUUUUGUGGCUUUCCUUUAUUCAACAACUCUCCGGAAUCGGACGCUCUUCAAUGCGUUAAAAAGCUUUCAUGAGCAAAACAACAAUGUGCACUUGAAACACAAAGUCACACAUUUCGGCAGUUUUUAUCUACGUGUUGGCGCCAUCUCGUUCGCCAUUGGCACCAUGGUUUACUCGGGCCUAGAGUUCGGUCAGUACUUCGAAUUGAACGGCAAGCCGGGUUGUGCUGAUAUCUUCAUCGCCAUAACGCCAAUUUGUCGCAUGCUACUCGCCAUCAUACAAAUACAAUUUAUUUUUCUCAACACAACAUACUUGGAUAUGGCACGACAUAAAGUCACCUGCCGUUUUGGCCUCAUGCAUAUGGUUGCAACGAAUCUGUGCGAGUGGUUGUAUGUGCUGGUGGAGGAGACUAAACACGAAAUCUAUCAUAUAGGUCAACACGACGAAGUAAGUGAUCCCAUAUUCACUUCCGGUCCACAUGGCGGUGUCGAUUGGAGUGCCGUCAAUGAAUCUCUACAAAUUACGCAUCACACCACGGACAGCAUGAAUAUGAACAUUUCAACGACCAUACAAAAUGCGCUAAGCAAUACCACAGCACACGUGACUGUUGGCUGUACGCGCACCAACAUAAUGGGAGCUUUGGUGCAAGAGGUGGCACCAUUCCUAUUCCCUUGCACCAUCGAAUACUCGCUCAUCUGUGCCGUAAUACUGUACGAGAUGUGGAAGACGGUGCGCUCCAUUACAGAUAUCGAUCGAUCACGCAAGAACUCCGUCAAGCCGGCACAUCAAAAGCCAGCACAUCAUUUCUCUGUCGAUUGUUCGCAAUCACACAAGGGCCUCUUCUUCGGCAUACUGAUGAUCGUAAUGACGAUCAUAGCAAUGAUUAUGUAUUUUGUGUUGUACACACAACCCGGCUACGAAAUGACUGCCACGCAGGAGGUCACCGUUUGGGAAACGAUUACGUACUUCAUUUGCACCGCGGCGAUAAUUGCAGGUAUGAUUUUGAUACGUGAUUUGAAAUACGUGCAAAACUCUAGCGACGAUCAUCAUUCAAUGGAGCUGGAUAAUCAUUUGCUGAUUGUGGCGCAAACAGGGGUUUACCUCUACGGCAUGUUCAGCAUAUUGGGCAGUUACUUCUCUAAAUGGGACACGGUGCCGGAUCGGAUCGAAGGCAUAGUUGCUGAGGGCCUUGGUUUGGUGGAGACCUCGUUGCAGACCAUGUUUAUAUUGCAUGCCAGCCAUCGCCGCUGUAAAGGCUCCAAGCAAGCACGUCGUAAGCCUGGUCGCGAAAUCGUCACAUUUCUGCUGGUAGCCAAUAUUGCAAUUUGGUUCAUCAAUACUCUAAUCAAAGGACGCGCUGCCUUUCGCGAAACGAAUCUUGUGUUCUUUGGUGUCUGGGGAUGGACUAUUAUUACACAUAUCUCCAUGCCGCUGGCGAUAUUUUAUCGUUUCCACUCGACGAUUUGUCUUUUUGAAGUGUGGAAAAUCACUUACAAAGCAAAGGCACAUUGAACAUCUUCAGAUUUUUGUUGUUAUUCUACAACAUAUUCACCAAUACGAAAAAAGGUUCGCCUUAGCAAAACUACUAAUCUUAAAUGUUAACUGUGGUCACAAGCAAAAAUCGUCUCAUUCGAAAACAUGCUUGGGAGAAGAAGCACGGAAAGACUGGUAACUCUUAAAACCCUCGGGCUAUGAAGCUCAUUGUAAUCGAAGCUUUGGAAAGUAAAAGGGUUGAUAGCCAAGGAGGAAAGAAGAGAACUGGCAGGGAGAAAGAGAAAUGAUAGAAUAGAGACAGAGACAGAGAACAGAGAUAGAGGCUAGUCCAGUGAGAAUAUUUCAGAUUCUCUGUUUAAUCUGAAAAUAUGCGCCAAUUUGAGAGAAGGAACUCGUAGCCUUGCUCUGGAAAUGGCUGGACACUCACAGAGAAAUUGCUCCCCGAUAUCCGCCUCCUCUAAGCAAAGCAGACAAAUUGGGUAAACAAUGAUUCAAAUGGUGGUGCUAUGCUGACCCCACGGGUUGUGUUCUGUGAUAAUACCCACCAUCAACCGAAUGUCUUUUCUUCGAGUUUUAGAAGAUAGUUCGAUAGUUUUCGUGUAUGGGCUUGUCACAAAACACUUUGCAGUUCUGCAGCGUUCUAGACUGGAAUCGCUGAUCCAAUUCAUGAUUCCUGCAGAACUGAUUAUUGGCUGGUAACCGCUAAUCCGCAGUUGGCCAACUCAUCGGUAGUUUCAUUUCCUUGAACACCGCGAUGUCCGGGAACCCUAAUAAGUUUGUGCCCUAGCAACAGAAUUAAUCUUACAUUCUUGAAGAAUCUUUCAGGUUUACUUUGCGUUCUCCAGGGCCUUCAGUGCAGUCUAACUGUCACUAAAGACUGCAAUCCGUUUCCCGCUCCACCUCCUCUCAAUUAUCCAUUCUGCUACUCUCAGAAUGACAAAAAUUUCAGUUCGGAAAUUAGUUGCCAUUCCUCCCAUAGCGUAAUGAUACUUAUUACUAUCGUUUAAGUACCAUCCGGCUCGAGAACCGAGAGGACCCAUCGGUAAAGAAAAUAUCCAUAAUGAUUAUUUGAAUGCGCUGUGGAUUACUCCGUUGUUCACGCAAUGGAAUUUUGACAUAAAAUAUCCUUACAACUGAAACUAUGGGCAAAAGAUCGUCCUUACGUGUAUAGUAUUGUAACUCCACUCUUGCAUAAGUAGGCUUGAGCGGUUUGUGCUUCUGACCACAGCUAUUAGUUCAUAAUAUUUAUAUAUUUAUGUUUUACCAUUAAUCAAAAUAUGUAUUGUAUUAUACUUUAGUGUUAUAGACAAUCGCCCAUUUGUUGCUUAA